CGAUGACCGAUGUUGAUUAGUCAUUCGCAGAUCAUGUUGAGAUUGUUCAAACUUCAAUGCGGCAAUUGUGAAUGAACGGAGCAGUCGGUGUCUUCAUAAUUUUCAGUCUUUUUUGAAAAGAAUAAUACCUAAUUUAAAAAGUUACUCUCGAAAUGAACAUAUUGCAGUUUUUGUGAAGAAUUGUUAGGUUCCAGUGAUUACGAAACUUCGAAUACGUUGGUAGUUACGAUGGAUGGUGCUAAUGAUCAAGUGGAUUCGAAUGGCCUAUUUUUUGGCGGAAUCUUUUCUAAUUCUAAAUCAAAAAAAGAAGUUCAAGUGCCGACGUACAAAAAAGAUGUAUUUUACAAUACAAAUCAUAAACGACGUGGAUUAGCAGUAAUUUUCAAUCAUGAAAAUUUCACCAUAAAAAAGCUGCGAAAACGCAUCGGCACCGAAGAUGAUUGUGUCAAGCUGGAAGCUACUUUGAAAAGUAUGGGUUUCGUCGAUGUAAAAAAGUAUAAAGAUCUAACGAAGAAAGAAUUGGAUGCAGUGAUUGGGAAGUUGAGCAAAGAAGAUUUCAGCGAUUGCGAUUGCCUUUUUAUAGCCGUGUUGAGUCACGGAGAUCAAGGAGUGAUUUACGCCAAAGACGACGCUUAUACUCAAAACAUGCUGAUUGAUCGUUUUGCCCCCGAUAAAUGUCCAACUUUGGCUGGUAAACCGAAAAUAUACGUUAUUCAAGCUUGUCAAGGCGAUAAGUGUGAUCCUGGUAUAGAAGUGAGAACUGUUCAAGUUGAUUCGGACGCUGAUAAUAAUAAUAAUAAUAAUGAUUCUAUUUAUCGUUUGCCUUUGUAUGCUGAUUUCCUUAUCGCUUACUCCACGAUACCUGGAUAUUUUUCGUGGAGAAACCCCAGCAAAGGAUCUUGGUAUAUUCAAGCGUUGUGUGAGGAAUUAGACUGUCAUUGGCAGGAUGUUGAUUUUUUGACAAUUUUAACCUUGGUAAAUAGGAGGGUAGCUGUUGACUUUGAAUCAUAUGUGCCUCAUGAUCAUUCAAUGGAUCGUAAAAAGCAAAUACCUUCUUUUUUAUCUAUGUUAACUAGAAUAUUGAAAUUCACACCAAAAACGAAUUGAGCAUGACGUACCUUUUUUGAAAUGAAAAGUCGUAUAAUGAUUUCCCAAUUUUAACCUAUGUUACCUUUCUCCAAAUUUUUUAGUGUAGGUAAGUGGUUAUUCGUAUUUUGAGAUCUUUGGUAAUAAUAAAUAUAUCAUUAUUGCGUGUAGAUAUAAAUAGCUAUUUCACUCAUUAGCUAAUUUUUCUUCUUUUACGAACAAAUUUAUUGUUUUCAGAAUAAUUUUACUGGAACUCGUUUUGAAAGCAAUUUUUCAUUUUAUAUACCUAUUACCUACCUAUUUAAGUUAUCAACAUACAUAAAUGUAUCCAAGUUUUAAUUAUGGCGACUUUUUUUUCAAUACCUAUUAUUUUUCUAGAUGUAUAUUCUUGCAUAAGCGAUUUUAUAAUGAAAACGAAAAGUGAGUUUUGUUCUUUCAGUGUUUUUAAAUACACGUACUUAGUUUAAAUUUUUGAUAAUAACCGUACCUACCUCCUUACGAAUUUUGUAUUACUGAAUGCAUAAUGUAGGUAUUAUUUCUCAUUUCAUACCUCGUUUUCAUUUUUAAUAAAAUAUUUUUCCUAUUAAA